CCCUAAAAUCAAAGUAGCUGAACCAAGAAGAGAAAGUACUACCGCACUAAUCUUCUUCUUCUUCUUCUUCUUUUUUCUUUUUUUAUUCCAAUUGUUAAUUGAUAAAGCCCAAAAUGAAUUAUUUGUUGUAGACGAUACUAUUAAAAACUGUGCUCUCUAUCCAUGCCCAUGGAUUCAUUUCCAGAAAUGGAUAGCUUCAACUUGGAAAACGCUAGCCUCAACAUUAGCAAUAACGGUGCCACAUCACUUGCAACCUCGUCUUCUUCGACGUCAAGCCGGUACGAGAACCAAAAGCGCCGUGACUGGAAUACCUUUGGACAGUACCUGAAGAAUCAUAGGCCCCCACUUUCACUCUCCAUGUGUAGUGGAGCACACGUCCUCGAGUUCCUUCGCUACCUCGACCAAUUUGGAAAAACCAAAGUCCACACUCUUAACUGCCCCUUCUAUGGCCUCCCAAACCCACCUGCCCCUUGUCCAUGCCCGCUCCGUCAAGCCUGGGGUAGCCUCGAUGCUCUCAUCGGCCGCCUCCGAGCUGCCUUUGAAGAAAAUGGCGGAAAACCUGAAGCAAACCCAUUUGGAACCAGAGCUGUGAGGCUUUAUCUUCGUGAGGUUCGCGAUUUGCAGUCAAAAGCAAGAGGGAUUAGCUAUGAAAAGAAGAAGCGUAAGAGACCCCUAGCCAACCAAACCCCAACUCUUCCAGUGCCACCACCACCACCUAGUGCAAUCUGAAAUAGGCAUCGCCAAAACCCCAUAACCAUAAGCAAGCUGCAGUUUAAUUAAUCUAGCAUAUGACUAAAUGUUCCUCCCUGGCUGCUGCUUUGCUUGAUCUAUGAAGGGUAUAGUUUUCUUUCACUUUUUCCAUCAGCUAUAUGGUAUUGGUUUGAGACAUAAGUACUAUAUUAUUUUUAGGGUAGUUUUACUUCUCGAUGCCUUGUGCCUUUCUACUUUCUGUUAGAGUGGUAAAAACUGGUAAUGCUUUUGAGACUUUCGGGGACUCCUUUGAAAUCUACUUUUGAUGCAAACAGUGUCAGUAUCCUCAGUAGUGAACUAGUACUAAAAAAACAGUCAUUCUAGGAGUGACUGUACUAGCAGUUGUUGUUGCCUAAGUGGAACUGAUCAUUGCCGAAGUAAUUAACCAUAUGGUUGAAGUUCAUAUCUUUCUUUAUAUCUCUAUAUCUCUCUUCCCAGUCCAAUUCUUGGCAGUCACCUUCAUUGCUGUUUAUAGCAUCAGCUUGAAACAACUUUACAUGAGGAUCAUGAGUCAGAUUUGUGGAGAGCACUAUAUUUGUUUAAUGGCUUGGCUUUGUUGCAGAUGGAAGUCAGUUUUCAUCUCUCUGCUGCUACUCAUCUUUUCUCUCCUUUCUUAUGUCUUCACAUUUUAAACAACAACAUCAAAUCAUUUGAAGAUUGAUCUUAAUAUAUAGUGCUAAUACUUAGAUCGAGAGGAAGUAUAAUAUAUGCAUGUAAGGAUUUUGUGAUUAACAUUGGCUUUAAAGAAUGAUUGAGACCUUCCCUCUGAAGUUUUAAAUAAGAUA